UUGCAAUCUCGUUCUCCCACAUGGUCAACCGGCCGCUCCUAGCCCUCGCAGUUCGGAUAGUAAUAGCACUUGGGACAAGGACCUUCUUCCAACCGGACGAGUUCUUCCAGUCUCUGGAGGUAGCUCACCAUGCGGUGUUUGGGUACGGGCAACUCACUUGGGAGUGGUGCGCGGAAAGCCCCAUCCGGAGCAUCGUUUACCCUGGAUGGAAUGUGCCAGUCUACUGGGCGCUGAAAACUCUGAGACUUGAUCAUACCAAUGCUCUGGUAUGGGGGCCCAAGUUACUGCACGGUCUAGUAGCCGCAGGCACUGACAUAUGGCUGAUUCGUCUCACCAGAAAGGUCGUUGGUGAGAGAUACACCGAUGCAGCUUUUUACCUCUCCUUGCUGUCGUUCUUCCAUGGGCUGUCGCUUUCCCGCUCCAUAUCAAACUCCGCAGAGACUUCUUUGACUACGAUUGCGCUGAGCCACUUUCCGUGGAACUCACAUCAUUCCUCAUGGAGGAACGAGCUACGUACUGCGUUACUGUACGCUGCGGUAGCAUGCGCGAUACGACCCACCAAUGCAAUCAUCUGGAUAUAUAUGUUCACUUGGCUCCUCUGGAGACUCCGGAAGCAGACUCAUGACAUACUAUUUGUGUUGACCAAUGCUAUCCUGACAGGCGGUGCUGUCCUGUCGGCAGCAGUCAUACUGGACACCAAGUACUAUGGGAAACUCACCUUCACUCCACUCAACUUCCUCCUUACAAACGCCUCUCCCGUGUCGCUCUUCUACGGCACGAGCCCUUGGCACUACUACCUCACCCAGGCGCUGCCUCUGCUGUGCUUCACUUCUAUAUACUGGGUAGGGAAGGGCGCGUAUUCUGCUAUGGGUCCCACAAGCACGCCCCCCUUACGCGCCGUCCUGGGCCUAGUAGUAUGGACACUCUCCGUGUACUCGCUGGCAGGACACAAAGAGUGGCGUUUCAUCCAUCCUUUGCUCCCUCUCAUGCACAUCCUCGCCGCGAAAGCGCUGGUUGACGACUCCGGUGGCAGUAAGGCGCGCCAAACGCGUGGUUUCUCCUUCCGGCCUUCUCACCUCGUUCUCUUGUUGUCUCUACCGCUGCUAGCCUACGUGAUGCUAUUCCACGGACACCCGCAGAUAGACGUCAUGCAUUACCUCCGCAGCCGUCCCGUCGAGCAAUCCUUAUCCAUUGGUUUCCUCAUGCCUUGUCAUUCGACACCCUGGCAAGCCUACCUUCAUCGGUCGGAUCUCGCCCGAGACGGAGACGGGUCGCUCUGGGCACUUGGCUGCGAGCCGCCACUGCAGGGUCAGGAUGCGGUUGGGUACAAAGAUCAGACGGACGUGUUUUAUGAGGAUCCUGUCAAGUAUCUGGAAACACACUUCCCACACCAUGUCAAUCCGAACUUCCCCCCAUCGCCACUGCCUCGCUCGAGACCAGGCGUGGCAGCGGAUGCCACGUAUCCUUGGCGGCACGAGUGGCCACAAAGUCUCGUGUUCUUCGGGGCACUCCUGGAAGAGAAUGGCGUCAGGGACCUUCUGAUUCAGUUAGGUUACAAGGAAGUUUGGCAUGUGGGGUCUCUCUGGGAAGAGGACAGCCGGAGGAGAGGAGGAGUACACGUUUGGCAACAUGAUUCCGUCGCCUUGUAG